AUGGCGCAUCACGUCUUAGAAACCACAAUAAGUCUGGAUAGCCGAACGGGCGCGGCGUCGGACCGGCCAACUACCCGUGGCGCCUUCUGUGGGGGGCAGGGCGCGGAGACGGGAGCCCGCGAGGCGCAGCGGCACGGCAACGCGGGGUUGCCGAUGACCGUUGUCGUGGCGACAGCGCCGGAUCUGGUCAUGGAGAAAUCCGCCCACAGCGUCACGCUGCAGAAGCUGCAUGCCAGCGAGGAUUCGUAUCUGUGCAUGGCUCGGAGUGUCGGCAGCCACCUGAGAGUUAAUAAUCCCACCGCCCUGCGUUCCCUCGCUCACCUCCCCAACGAUCAGCUGAGCAGUGUCGUAGCCGAGCGCAGAAAUCUGCUGCAGCUGUACUGUGCUGCCCUCUCUCGGCUGCACGAGAAACUAGACAAGAAAGAAGAGCUGCUGCAAGAUUAUGAACUGAAUUUAAAGAAACUGAGAAUAGCAGAAGGUAUGGCUCAAGACAAGGCUGCUGAAAAUGCAAAAGUAGUGAUUAGCCUUCAGGAGAGCUUGGAAGAGAGCGACUUCCUACAUGACUCGCUCUUGCGAGCUCAGCAGAGCCUGCAGUACAAAAUGCCUCGGAUCCACCGGCAGAAAUUAGGUCACCGAUCGUUUUUUGCCGCCAGGCACCAGUAACGGAACGCAGGUUUCGACUGACCACUUUCCCGUUCGUCUGUGUGACCUUCACUGUCAUUGAAAUCACUCACUAUCUUAUAAUUCACCUUCACUGUCAUAGAGAUCACCCUCACUGACUUUAGAACUCACACGUGUGAUAUUGCGCGUAGUGCCUCAAGCAUUUAUUUUUAUUAUCGAUUGCAAAUGAAAGCUACGGGAUGUAGCGUGAUAUUUUUGACUGUGCUAUUUUGUGAUUGUAUGUAGAUGUUGAGGUACGUCAAAGUUUGGCAACCUUAACGUUUGCGUAAUGGUGAUAAGCAGUGAGCGUUCUGCACAUGUAACAGAUCAAUAAUCAAUAACAUCAGUCACGAAUCUAUUUUGAGCCGUAAUUCGUAUUGACGAUUCAAUUUUUUUACCGUUGUUUGUUGUUCACAGUUAUGGUAAUAUUGAUUGAUUCUCUACUUGAAUUAGAACUGUUACUUUGUAGAAACCUAUUUCUGGUACAGCCAACCAAGAGUUCAAAACAUGUAACAACUAGCAGCAUGUUGGUGGUUAAGUAAUGACAGAUUGGUCUGUAAAAGAGUUUGGAAAGCCGGGUGUUUAUUCAUUACAUUCGAGGUCGAAAUCAGUGUAUUAUGAGCUAUCUAAUUGAAUAUUUACAUGUACGGAAUUUUAUGCAUGACUAUGUAUUUAGAUGUUGUGAUAUGUAUGUCAUUACAUAUCUAAUCCAAUUCACGAUCAAAGUCCUGAAAGUACCCAGAGCUUAUCGAUUACCCACUCGUCAGCAUUUCGUUUCACAGGUUAUUAUGCUGAUCAAUAUUAUUUACAAUAUUUAGUAAUCAUAGUAGUUUACAUCGUACAUUAUAUUUUACAUACUUUACGUGUGUGACAUUAUCUUCUUAGUAUAUUUACAUUUUCGUGAUACGCAUAUCCUAACUAUAAUUCGCACUCUAUACAAUCUGUAAUGCCAAAAACGUCAUAGGCGGGUACUUAUUAUAUA